GCAGCACGCAACUGGCGCGUGGCUGCCCCAUUGGGCGGCGAAGUGGUCAAGCGCUGCUUCGCGCUCGGUGAGGCCCGGCACGCACCGCCGGGGACCGCUGGUGCCCGUGGCGUAGCUGCCCAGGAGCUCAACCCUAAGGCAGCAUGGCUAACACCGACCUCAGCUCCGUCAUACUGGGCACCUACGGAGUCAUCAAGCCCCCGCCCCCACCACCGGUGCAAGAUGGCUGGUGGUGGCAGCGUGUACAUCACCGGAAGACCGGCAAACACGAAAAGAAGUUCUGGUGGCAGCAGUCGACGUUGAACCGGCGGUGGCUCAACGGCCUCGAGCCGCCGUGGCGCACGAAGGGCCACCGGAGUUACCACAAGAAGCACCACGCCCUCGACACGGGCUGGUGGUUCGAGGGUCCGUCGCUCAAGGAGUACCACACGCACGUGCCCAUCCAACCUCAAACAAGAAGGUUGCUCCAGGUCCUCAGGAGGAAAGAUGGAGGCGAGGAGCGGCCGCAGCGAAGCCUGGCGGGCUUGUUCGCCGGCGUCGGGUUGCGGCGCGAGGCGGCGCGCGGGAGCAUCGUCCACGAGGAGCUCUGCGAGCACGCUUCUGAGAGGGCAUUAAGGCGGGACACGCGCGGCCGCGUGCCCAUCGACGCGAAGUACGCGCACUCCCAGGCCUGGCACGUCCACGACGUGGAAGCCUCGUCCAGAAGAUUACGCGCGGGCCGGCCGCGGACAAAGGAUGUGGAGGACCCGGCCCGCGUCGAGCGCGCGCCGCCUAAAGUCCCCGACGCGGACGAGCGGCUCCAUUCGCGACUCAGGCGCGUCUUCGACGAUUUGCGCCGUCGCGACGAACCGGACCGCGCGACGCAUCCCGCGCACAAAGACGCGCGGAGCCACCUCCUACGAGCGCGCGGCAUCGCGGACUACUACGCGAGCGCGGCGGAGGACAAGGCGCCGCCGCCGCGAAACGGCCUCUGCGCGGCGGAUCUCGUGGCGGCCCUUGCAGAGAAAGGUUUGUGUAUGGAGGCAAGCGAGGUCGAGGCGGCGCUUGCUUUAGUUCUACGGGACCCCGACGCCAUCGCCUUCGCCGACUUCUACGCGUGGCAGGUCCAGCACCACCCCCAGCUUCUGGACGACCGCGCGCGGGCGCUGCUCGUCGACGUCCUGGACGGAGACGCCUUCGCGGCGGAGUUUGCCUGGUGGGAGCCGCUGCUCGACGGCGUCGUGGCGACGCUGGACGAGGACGAGCGGCGCGUGCUCGGGGGCGGCGAGCAGCUUGUCGUGAAGGACGCGGCCGUCGCGUGCGGCUGCGAGGCGCCGGGCGGGUCGGCCGUGGUGGCCGAGCGGCGGCGCGCGGCGGCGCGGGGCCGGUCGCUGGCGUGCUGCGCCGCGGCGCCCUGA